GGCUUGGUGUCAACCAGAAGUCAGAAGAAGGCUUUGGCCAGAACCAGGUCUGGGUUCUGAAGAAGGGAAGAAAGAGUUUGGGAGAAACCAUGGCCAUUUAUCAACCAGACUCUUGGUCUGAGGACCACAGCCCCCAGCCCAGCAUGUCAGGCUACUACCCCCUGGAGGUGGUGAGGGAUGAUGAACACCCGGGACCAUCAGCCCCUCGGGAAGAUCCCAGCCCCCUGUCUCGGUCUCCUGGCCAGAAAAGGAAGAGGGAGUGUUCAACCGAUUCCGAGAAUGAGGAGUUGGAGGAGGAGCUGGUGGGCCCUGAGCCUAAGGACAUCUGGGUCGUGGAGUCGCUGCGUGGGCUCAAGACGAGACUGAAGAAGCAGCGAGUGUCCUCAGUGCUUCCCGAGCACCAUCGGGUCUUCACCAGGCUGCUUGAGGAUCCUGUCAUUAGAAACUUCCUGGCCUGGGACAAAAAUCUGAGGGUAUCUGACAAAUAUCUCCUCGCCAUGGUCAUAGCCUACUUUAGCCGGGCUGGCCUCUUCUCCUGGCAAUACCGACGCAUUCAUUUCUUCAUAGCGCUCUAUCUGGCCAAUGACAUGGAGGAGGACAGCCAGACCCCCAAGAAAAACAUAUUUUCAUUCCUAUAUGGAGAGAGCCGCUCCCAGCGUCCUCUGUUCCACAAGCUGCGCUACCAGUUCGUCCAAUCCAUGGGCUGGAGGACUAGAGUUUCCCGGGAAGAGUGUGAAGAGAUCCAGGCUUAUGAUCCCGACCUCUGGGUGUGGGGGCGAGAUCGCACCCUCCUUCCCUACAGCUCCAGGCACUGUGGAGGCCCAAGGUCAUCGACCUGA